CAAAGAAUUGAAAUACAUAAGCUCCGUCAAGGUGACAAUUUGAUUCUGGGGUUCAGUAUUGGAGGUGGCAUUGAUCAGGAUCCUACUCAGAAUCCUUUCUCUGAAGACAAGACUGACAAGGGUAUCUAUGUAACAAGGGUGACAGAAGGAGGCCCAGCAGAAGUUGCAGGACUCCAGAUUGGAGAUAAGAUCAUGCAGGUGAAUGGCUGGGAUAUGACAAUGGUGACCCAUGACCAAGCAAGGAAGAGGCUGACAAAAAGGAAUGAAGAAGUGGUACGGCUGCUGGUGACCAGGCAAUCUCUGCAAAAGGCUGUACAACAAUCCUUGAUGUCUUAAUCAGUCACUGAGUUGGGGAAGGGUUGGGGAGGGAGAUGAAUAGACUGAACUCAAACAAAAAAGCAAAUCCUAGGCUGAAACAGGUUGGCUGGAAGGAGAGCAUGUUCCUAACUCUGGUAGACAUGAGUUUUAUUUUUAUUUUUCCUUCUUCUGGUGUAACUGGCAGUAGUAGAAUUCUGUUCCCCUCA